CCUGCCUUACGGGAAUGACUGCCGCCGCGACGACCCAAGUUUCAAAGUCCAACUCAUAGUCGGGGAAUAAGUCAACAAAUGCAAACUGCCCUCAGGUCCUCCCCCAGCCAGAGCGCCCCUGUGUGUGCACAACCCGGCGUCUCAUGUGCUUCGGGUCUGUUUCACUGGCAGAUAGUCAUUCCACUGCCAAAUAUAUUUAAAGAAAGGCGUGUCUGCUCUCUGCGCAAGGAAACUGCCUUUUGUAUAAAUAUACAUAAUUUAAAAAAAAUCCCUUCUGUGGGGAGAGAGUGAAACUGAUCAUUGACUCUCAAGACAACAUGCUGCCUACAACAGUCGGAAUUCAGCUAACUGGAUCUUCGUGAAGGAAAGAGAGAAUAACAUCACCAAGAUUCCCUAUGAAGGAGGCAAAUACUUUGAUAAACAGCGUGAUUUACCUGCAGUUAUUUCUGCUCAAUAUAUUUGGAGGACCUAUAUGCAAGACAGGGAACCCAGUGACUGAUGAUAUAAAACGCAUUGAUGAGCUGGUUGGGAACUUGCCAAGUGAUUAUAAAAUCGAGAUAAGAUAUAUUUCUAAAGUCCCUAAUGUGACUGAUACGUGUUGGCUGCAUCUAACAGUGCCUGAAAUGUCCUUCAGCUUGGAUGCUCUUUUAGAAAAGUUUGCCAAGAAUUCGUCGAAUUAUUUAAUUAUCGAGAAUCUCCACCGGAUUCUGGAUGGCAUUCACAACUGUCUGUCUGAAGAUGGGAAGGAUUACGUGGAUGAAUCGGAAUUCAAUUGUGAAAAAUCCAACUUGGAGCCCAAACAGUACUUUAAUUACUUCAACGAAAUCAUUACCGCCUUCCAAACAGCAGAGGACAGCAGCCCAUGUGACUCUGACGUUAUCUGCAGGAUGGAGAGGCCAGACCCAGGGCGUGGCUCCAACUCUACCUCACAUACUCUGGAGCAGACAAAUAAAACCUGUGUGCCCAGGUGUGAACGCACACAUCCGGAGCUGGGUAGACUGGUCCGUGCUAAGAGACACUCUCUCACAGCCAACCAGCCAAUAAGUGAUCCCAAUCAUAUCAAGGGAGGUUGUACCAGCUGUGCCACAUUAAUGGACCAUUUUCCGACAAUUAUGAUCACCGUUUGCACUGUGACUGUCACUGCAAUUUUCACAUGCCUAAUUGUCCAGCUACAGAAGAACUGGAGAAGAAAGGAAAGUAGUAGACGUUACCCAACAGACAUUGAAUGUGAACUGGAAAGGAGGGAGAAUGAACAAGAGGUCCAAUUCAUCGCUGAAAAUCAAGAUUCUUGUACAUAAAGUUACCAGCUGAUAAUGUGGUAGUCAGUUCUGUUCAGUUUCUGAACUGGUCCAAUAUUUUCUGCACCUGUAUUAUUUCCAUUUGACAUGAAGCAAGGGAUGAGAUUGAUGUGAUGGACUGCUGGCAUCUCCUAUGGUGAGCUGGUUAUGGGAGGUCCUCCAAUGGGUGUUGGACAGGCACCAUAGCUGAAGGAAGUGCACUUACAUUCUCCGAGUGGAGGCCCCUUCUUAUCAUCCCUAAUUUGCAAUGAAUCUACAUCAUACCGUGACCUUACAUCGUCUCGGAGAAGGCAACUAAGAGUUUAGCUUGGAACUGACGGUGGAACUAAGGAGAGAGCAGGGAUUUGUAUCCACUUCAUGGCGUAAGAAAUACUUUGGGUUCUUACAGGACUAUCUGCAUCCAAACAAGUUCGCAAACUUGGCAGUGAUGACAUGUCAGUUCUACGCUUUAUAUUCACUUAGAAUGACGCAACACAGAAGGAGGCCAUUUGGCCCAAGGUAGCCAUGCCAGACAUUACACAACACAAUACACAUUGAGUUUGAAGGCACAGACAACCUCACAGAUGAAGACAUUUUGGGAACGGUUGUAAGUGUGUAGACUUGCUUUGUUUGCACACGGAGUUUCAAAGUACUCAGUUGUCUCAGUCCUGCCAUGUCACUCACUUGGCAUAAAGUAUGAAAGCUGAGAUGCGAAAGUACAAAGAUAGCUCAGCAAUACAGAUCAUUCUUCCAGUAACCUGAGCAGCAACGUAACAGGAAACCAUUCUAUAGCCACAGAAAAAUGCUAAGAUCUGGGUUUCUCUCUUCAGUUGGAUAGCCCUGGAAUUUUUGGUGGCUCUCUCCUAACCAACCCUGUAGAUAUCCAAUAAGAACCAAUUAUUUGUCUUUUUGCAUAUUAUAGUCUAUGUUGAAAUAAUGAAUGGGUCACAUUGAUAAACACACAGCAAAGUGUUGGAACAUCAAUUCACAAAGGCACAUCCUACGAUCUAAAAUAUACCAAUGCAAAUGUGUCUUUAAAUAGUGUUAUAGCUGAGAUUUAACCCAGUAUGAUGUUCACAUUCUGAUUACGUGUUCAUUCAUCUCCUUGCUGUCUGUGGGAGCAUGCUGUGCAUUAAUUGGCUGAUGUGUUUUCUACAAGACACUUCAAAAUCAUUUCAUUGGCUGGAAAGAGUCCUAAGGCAAUGAGAAACACUUUAUAAUUGGCUGUUCCACACCUGUCUCAUUGGUUUGUUACGUCACCUCUGAGUCAUGAAGAUUGUGGGUAUUGAGAUCAGUAGGAAUGUGUGAGAGCCUUCUCAGUGCUGUACAGCGGGAGUGCUGCAUUGUCGGUGCUGACACCUUUCAGAUGCAAUAUUAAACCAAGAUUGUCUCUGCUCUCUCAAGAAUUUGCAAAAGAUCCUACAGCACUAUUUUGCAGCAAAGCAGAAAUUCUUCCCUGUAUCUUGCCCUUUUUUAUAUUAUAAUCCACAUUUCAAAUAAUGAAUAGGUCACAUUUAAAUUGCAGCAAAGAGCUGGAACCUAUGUCACAAAGGCACAUCCUAUGAUCUAUAAGACACCAGUGCAAACGUGUCUUAAUUCAAUCUGACAAUCAACGUCACCAAAAUCAAAUUACCCUGGGCCUUAAAACACAAAUUAAUGAGGAAUAUCCUGAAGAUGUGAAAGGUGCUAUAUAAAUUCAACUUCCUUCUUACACUGUGCCAGCGACUCGGGUUCAAUUCCGGCCGCUGUCUGUAAGGAGUUUGUACGUUCUCCCUGUGUCUGCGUGGGUUUCCUCCGGGUGCUCCGGUUUCCUCCCACAUUCCAAAAAAGACGUACGGGUUAGGAAGUUGUGGGCAUGCUAUGUUGGCGCCGGAAGCGUGGCGACACUUGCGGGCUGCCCCCAGCACACGCUACGCGAAAGAUGCAUUUCACUGUGUGUUUCAAUGUACAUGUGACUAAUAAAGAAAUCUUAUAAACAAUGUUGACCUUAAUCAAAUCUUCUGAGGACAAUGUGCAUGAGAAUAACAGCUUUUUGAUGGGCAGCUGGGGCUUCACCCUCAUUUCCUUGACUAUGGUCCUCCUUUUCUCAACUACAUCCUUCACCUCUAGCUCUCUGACACUUCCGGCCCCAGGUGUCCAUCACUCUGCCAUUGACGGACAUGCCUUCAGCUGCCCAGGCUCCCAAGCACCAGAGCUCCCUCCCUGAACCUCGCCACCUUUCUCUCCACCUAUGAUCCCCAUCAAAGUCUGUCUCUUCGACCCCUCUUUUGGGCCCUUGCCCCAAUAUCCCAAUAUUGUGUCAAAUGUUUGUUAUCAACUCCUGUUAAGAAUUUUACUGUGUUACAGGUGCUGCAUCAAUGAAUGUUGUUUUGUACACACUAAACCAACUGUGGGGUCUCAUAUAAUGGGAACAAUAGACAGUAUUCCGAUAAAUAUCUUAUGUUCCUUUUUUUAAAUAAAUUUCUGGAUUUUAUAACUAUUCCCAAUCUCUCUUUCCUGAGUUUUUUGCCCAUUCCACAUGACUUCCUGAAACUUCACAUUGUACCC